CUCGGUGUACUUCGUAUCUACUCUCACCGUUUAAACCUGGAAUAAGAGAAACAUUUCAAAACCUCAGCUAAAUCAGCCCAGCCGUUCUCGAGUUUAAGCGAGACAAACGAACAGCAAUUGAUUUUUAUAUUUAUAGAAAAUUAGAGAGAAAAUAAAAAGUAUAUCGUUUACUUAAAAAAAGAAACUAUUUGUUCGAAUAAAUAAACCAGACAUAUUUUAAAAAUCUUAAAAAAACUAUAAUUAUCUCAUUAGUAAAUAUUUUUAUUUCCAUUCAAUUUUUUACGACAUCAAUUUAUAGUACCUACUAAUUAUAAAUACUAACCCAGUGUAUUCAAUAUCUAUAACACAAGUAUUCUCGUAAUUUUCUGUGACAAAAUGGAUUCCUUAUAUGGACAACACUACGUGUGUUGCCGACCAUGAAAGAAUAUUUUGUUACAAACUAAUGUAACUCCAUCAAAUAGAUAUUUACGCAUUUACAAAUUUUAUUUAUUUAUCAAUUGUAAACGAUUUUGUUUUAGUUUGGAGUCUUACUUUACAAACACAAACACGUUAAUAUACAUUUAACGGUUGGCAACACUUGAAGGCUAUAUUAUUUACUGUAAACUCGCUGAAGUAUUAUUUGCAUACCGAACGUAUACUUCAGUAAAUAGUUUGGAUCAUUUCAUUUAAAAAUGGAUCGUGAUUUUUUCCACAGUCCGGUGGUUCAGUCGUAUCUCUUUUACUCCGGCGUACUUGGUCUGAAAAUGUUGGGAACAGCUCUGUUGACAUCGAAGGCGAGGUAUACGAGGAAAGUGUUCGCAAACGAAGAGGACGCCAUAUUCUCCGAUGGUGUAGUGAAGGUUAACGACCCCGAAGUGGAACGGGUACGACGAGCUCAUUUAAACGAUUUGGAGAACAUACCGGUUUUUUGGGUUCUUGGAGCGAUAUACGCUACCACUAAUCCGAGUGUUAGCGUGGCCUUGACUUUGUUUAGAACCUUCACAGUUAUGAGGUUCAUUCACACAUUCGUGUAUGCAGUGAAACCUUUUCCGCAACCAACAAGAGGUAUCGUCUUCACUAUUCCAUUCCUCAUAACUGCUUUUAUGGGGUUAAACAUAAUCAUAUAUUAUGCCAAGGCUUUUUGACUUUAAAACAUAAAAACCUUCAAAUUUCGAGUUGUAGAAGCUAUGAGCUUGAGCAAGCACAUUUAUCGAAAUAAUGACUACAAGAAUACACAUAUAAGAAACC